AUGCUCGCUCUCGUCGUCCCUUGCUCGCCGCCUUCACUGUCGUCGUCGGAAUCCGGAAUCCGAAUCGCCGCCUUCACUGCCGCCUUCUAUUCGUCGUCACCCACUGCUCGCCGUCUUCACUCGUCGUCACCCACUGCGUGGAGAGGAUCGCCGUCUUCACUCGCUAGCUGCGUGGAGAGGAUCGAAGGAAGGAAGAGGAUCGAAGAAAGAGGGGUUUCGGCGGUGAGAACUGAGAAGAAGAGUGUAAUUGGUUUCACAAAACCGGUUGUACCGGUCAUCAACACACAAAUAAAAUAA